UCCUGGAGGUUUGUUCUGGAAGACAGCUGAGAGCGCGGUGUCCUGGCGCGUGGGAGCCCCGCACCUCUCGAGUCAUGGUGAAGAAGAACAGUAUCCCCAACGGGUGGAGGACUGUGACGCCAAUUGGACAUCCUCUACCUGGAACACGAUUUAUUGCUUUUAAAGUUCCUUUAAAGGGAGCAGUUAAUCAGAGACUUACUCCAACCCAGAAGUUUACACCAAAAGAUUUGAUAAGUGCAAUAAAAGCACUAAAUGUGGAACUUGGAUUAAUUAUCGAUCUAACAUACACCACAAGAUAUUAUGAAGUUAAGGAUUUACCUAAAAGCAUUCAUUAUAAAAAACUUUAUACUGUUGGACUUGAAGUCCCUGACAAUGCUACUAUUCUGCAGUUCAAAAAGUGGGUCAGAAAGUUCCUGUGGGAAAAUGCAGAAAAUGAUAAACUCAUUGGAGUUCAUUGUACCAAUGGAAUUAACAGAACAGGAUACCUUAUAUGUAGGUACCUUAUCGAUGUUGAAGGCUGGGAUCCAGAUACAGCAAUUCAAGCUUUUGGUGAGGCCCGUGGUCAUCGAAUAGAUGGAUGUGUGUACUUAAAGGAUCUCAAAACUCGACCCAUGAGAAGUAAUCUUGGAAUGGAUGUCUGGGAUUCUGAUGAAGAUGCAAAUCUCCCAUCUAAUUCUAUGGAAGAAUCUGGAGAUUGGUCCCCAAAUGAAGACUUUCAUGGCAGGACUGGGAAAAGGUCAAGGCUUCUUAAUGACCAGCACCCUAGAAGUGAUGUACAGAUAAAGGAUUAUGAUUAUGUCAACAAUGGACGUUUCCAGAGGCAUGGGAAUUUGUAUAAACACAGGUGUAGUGACAGCAUGCCAGAAGAGAGACACCUGAGAAAUUGGGAUUUGGGUAACAAAGGACCAGGACCAAGAUGUUCAUUCUUUGCUAAUCACCAGUGUUAUGAUGUCUCUCAAGAGGAAACAGAUUUCAAUAACAAGAUACAUGGAACCAGACCGAGACCAUUUCAUGAUCCCCAGCCUCACAGUGACUGCCAUGAACCAGAUGCUGGAGGUGAUUUUGAUUUUGUUAGCAAAGUUGAUGGACAAAGGAGACAUUCCAUUCAGAAUCAUCAGGCCUAUAGCAACUGUUGGGAAAAUUUUCCAACAAAAGAUUAUGGUUUUAUCAACAGAAGCUGGGGACAAAAACGACGGCCUUUCUAUAACCACCAUGAGUACCCACUUCGUGGUGAUUUUCAGGACCAUUUACUUGUACAGACUUCUCAUUUUCUCAACAGGGGUGGUGGUUUUCAAAGGCAAAAACCCUUCUACCAGAACCAUUUUCAUGAUGAAAUGAAUUUGGAAGAUUUAGAAUAUACCGAUGUCAUAUCAGAGCACACACGAGGAUCUCUACAUGACCAUUCCAACAAUGAUUUCUCAGAGAAAAUGUCAUUGAAAAAAUAUGUUAAUAGAGGUCAUGGACAAAGACUACCACCUUUUCCAAAGUUUAAAAAGCAAAGGCAUUUAAGAAAUUUUGAUUUCAACAGUGGAACAAAACCAUGGCAUAUAUCUUCCUGUAACCACCCACGUAAUGAUCCACAAGAACAGGUUCUUUUGGAAGACUUGGAUUUUGAACAGGAAACAUCCUCACAAAGACCACGGUCUUUUCGGGACUCCCCACUUCCUGAUAACAUAAAUCCUAACUGGCAUUUAGAUAAGUGAGUCAUUUUGUUUUGCACAGUAAGAAACGGUACUUGACUCCAACAAAACACUCAGACUUCUUUCAGAUUAGGUAUUUGUAUAAAAGUUGUAUAAAUUAUCACCCAAAGCUAAAAUUCAGAUUUAUUCUUAUAUAGAUUCAGUUUGUGAUGAAGGUUUAUUUCUGAUGCUGUGAAUUAUAAAUUUACCUUUAUUUCCUACAAUUGCAGUAAAUAUACAAAUUAGAUUUAAAUGGUUUAGCUUUUCACUGUAAGCUAGUAGUAAAAAACAAAACAAAAAACAAGAAACCGAUUUCUCAGAGAAAAUGUAAAAUACAUUUUACAGUAUAGUACUGUAAAUGUAUUUUCUUUUACGAUUUUUGAAUAACAUUUUCUUUUCUCUAGCUUAUUGUAAGAAUACAGUAUAUAACACAUGUAGCAUAGGACCACAUGUUAGUCAACUGUUUAUGUUACCAGUAAGGCUUCUGGUAAACAGCAGGCUGUUCCUAGUUAAGUUUAGGGGAGUCAAAAGUUACGCGUGCAUUUUUUACUACACAGGGAUCAGCGCCCCUAACCUCCAGUUGUUCAGGGGUCAAAUGAAUUCCUUCUAGCUGUCCUACAAAUUAUUUUUUCUUUAAUUUUAAUUCCAGUAUGGUUAACAUACAGUGUUAAAUUAGUUUCAGGUAUACAAUAAAGUGCUUCAGCAAUU